GUGAAAAACCAACUUCAACGAGAGUGAUUUUCAUUCUGCAAGAUGCCGCGCUCCAACCGUGCAGAUGGUCACGACGCGGAGGCAACAGUAAGCACCAAACUCCGCGCUCAAACGAGCAAAAUCGUUGACUGCGUGGCGAAGUAUUUUGAAGAACUGGAGGCAGACGUCAGUAUGACUCGACAAAGGAGCAAACGAGAAAAACGGCAGCGAUCCACGGAGAAUCUGGGGUUUAACGGCGUAGUAGCACAACAUGGCGGCAAAGGGUAUCCUGGACAUGCGGAGAAGGAAAAUUGCCGGGGAGACAUUCACCCAAGACGUGAUAAUGCUCAGUAUGCCGAAGACUCUGUGGUGGGAGGUUGCAGUGGACGCGUGGGGACCCCUAAAGGUGGCAGUUUGCUGGAGUCUAAGAGCUGUAGUACUCAAGCGGUAAAAAAAGAUGCGCUCGCUUGCCACGACUGUGUGGGUAGCAUUACGGACGACAUGGAUGAUGACGAUGAACACCACAGCGAGCAAUACUGGCAUUUAACUACAUUGGACCUCCCUGAAACCCCUUCUACAAUCUUUACAGUCGGGUACGCUGGCAUCAAACAAAGUAGCGAUAAACAUCUUCGAGAACUCAUCGAGACACUACAAGCAAAAGAAGAGGAUAUACCCAACUGGAACGCGGCCGUGCCGGGUUUGUGGUCUUAUUGGGAAACGCGCAGGAUUAAGCGCGACGAAAUGACUCUUGGCGACUUUGACCAGGUGAUGAAGACUCAAAAACCGCUACGUCCAUUGUCUACACCGCGGCGAAUGCAGUGCGAUUGGUGUGAGACGCUCAGAUCGAGUGAGAAUUUUCUUUACGACGAGUCGAGUAUGCUUCUUAGGAAGAUAGACAGAGCGAAUGUCCAGAUGCUGCUGCUCAAGAAGGACAUUGUCGUGCCGAACGUGUUUGAGGCUGAUUGGGGGAGAUCUUUGCUCGAGAUGCGUCCUCCUCGGUCUUCAGUAGAGCUUCAGCAAUUAUUACUCCCUUUUGAGCUGGUGCGAUGCGAUGAUGCAAGAAUUAUCGAUGCUCCAUCCGAGAUUGUAUCACUUGCGGACAGCUACUUGCGCAGCCUUCGACGUCCAGAUAUCUCGCUGACUCGGGCAGCAAUGAAUAUCCGCAGCGUAUGGAAUACCGCGAUCGUAACGAACAGACUCGCAACACUGGUUGCAGAGGAACGACCAUCAGCGGUGCCACAACCAACAGAACCUGAACCGCCGUUCAGCUCAGCACCCCGCAAUUCGCAGCUCGAUAGAAUGGUACCUGAAAGAGCAGGAGUAUCAGAGCCCAUUUCGAAUUAUCCGGUACCAGAAUCACGAUCGGAUUUACUGAAUACGAAGAUUCGCAAUGAUGGUCGAAGAAUUGCUAAACAAACCAACCAGCCGUUAACAGUUGCUGCAAAACUAAAAGUUAUUGCUGAGGACAAUCCGCCGAGCACCGACUAUUUUUUGAGCGAUGGAUUUUUGCAGUGCACCUGGAGUGAGCCACCGACAGAGGUCGAAGUGGGCGACGUCGUUGUAAGAGAGGAAGCGAACACGUGUGAUUCCAAUGAGGACUUAAAGCGCGACCAGCUUCUUCAACAACUUUCUCGACCAGCGUUGUGGGGUCUUAUGCGGAAGAAGUUGCUUCAGGUGGAUCAAACUUCUUUUCAACAUGCUCUGAACCGCGUCAGUUUGGAGGCUUUAGAAGCGAUCAUCUUGCAGCAAUUUCAGAAGGUGAAAAGCAUGUCCCUAAAUCCUUCAGCAUUUUCCAGUUUCGAGAUAGUCGAGGUGUGCACCGGUCUUCGCCAAGCUGCUUGGCUACAUACGUUGCGCAUUGUGUCGAUCACUCAGGCUCGAAAUGGAGAUGUGCUGUCUGCAGAUCUAGUUAAAAUUCUUUCCAGUGCCAAGUACAAGCACGUACUGGGCUCUUCCAAUCGGAAAGAUCUUCUCACGUACCUGCAAAUAAUCGGUGGAAAUGCGGUGCCUUCGGAAUCAAUAGCUCAGGUUGAAGCCAAUGCUUCUACAUCCAAGGAAGAUUCAACACUUCAGCCUGCAUCGAAAAGACGAAAAGUUUUACAAGCAGAGAAGGAGAGUGUACCUGUCCGUGUUUUGUGCUCGGUCGAAUUUCUGGAGCAGGAUGACCUUCUCGAUGAACUUUGCACUGAACAGCAGAUUUUUUUCGCUGAUCGAGAUCUUCCACCACCAAUUGAUAUCCUCGUGGACGAGAGGAACUGCAUUUGUGUUGUGAACGAAGUUACGUUCCAAGCUGAAGCCAACACACGAAAUUUCAUUUUGAGUUUGGCUCGCUUGCAAAUCCAGUUGAAAAAAUGUUGGCUUGUUAUCGCCCUGAGAACCUCUCCUUCAGCCGAAACAGAAGACAUUAUGCAUGCGUUUCUUGCAGCUCUGGUGCAAUUUCGGAUUGAAGUUCAAGUUCUUACCAGCUUUUCGUGCGAGGAAACUGGUCGCCUUGUGCGUGCCGUCGUGGAUGAAUGCGCCGACGUCGCACUGAAUGAUCACCGUAUCCUGCCUCGCUUGUGGUUCGAACGCCCAUUCCUACUGGAAGAAGUGUCACAAUUCGAACGCUUUCUCGUGUCGACGAAUAUCGUUAACCACUACGCGGCACAGUCACUGUUGCAUAAGAUCUCCAUGAACGAUCUUUUCUCCAAAAGUUUGGAUGAGUUAAAGCUUCUCGUCCAGAAUGCGGUGACGGACGAACAGCUCGAUCUGCUUUGGCGGCUUGUGCAGCAAGAUCAUGGGCUCAAUGGACGCAUGCAAUAGCAUGUCAGGCAACAAGCUCUGAUGCUUAGACCGAUUACAGAGGAAUCCACGCUCAAACUGGUUUCUUUUCAAAUCCAGGAGUCUUUCGUUGAAGUGGUGUCACGCCACUUCACCACUGGUGCGUACAUGUACUACAGUACUUCAACUGACUUCCAAAAUCAAGUGUUACCUGUGACAAGGACUCCUUGCCAAGUUAGCUAUUCGGACAUUAAUCUCCAACCGAGCCUUAGUUCGUCAGCAAAAUGGAUAACGGGCCGAGAGGAUAAGGGAUGUGAUGGCAGGGCAAACCCAUUUGACAAUUUGCAGUAUAUGCAACUGAUUUCCGAUUAUCCAGCAGUGAACGUAGGCUGAGAAUCGGCAUUGAUAUCGCCCGAAUGCUACUAGCGAUCAUCGCUCUCACCAUGACAACGGUGUAUGCAAACACUAACGUGACGAUAACCAACGACGAGGACACAACGGCGACAAUCCAAGAACACGAAGUACAGGUUACGCCCUCUGACGGAAGCACUACCUCCUGGGAAAUAGCGGAUCCUACUUCCAACAGUGAUCACCCUGGACGCAUAACGAUCGCGUGUUCAAGUGAUGGCAUUCUCACAAUUGCAAACUCAUCCGACAACGGAUAUGUCCAGAAUUUGUGAAUUCAGUACGGCCAAGCGGAAGAGCUGUAUAACGCAACAGCUGCCACAACUGGAUCUCCUCGAGUUAAUUUUUUGGAAAUAGCGGACGAUACACUGACUGGGUUGAAGAACCUGUCGUUAUUAUCAUUGCUCGGAAUUAACUUCAGUACUCCGGACGUGGCAUUCGUGCUACCGGACACGAUUGAGAUCUCUGCCACUACUGCCGAAGAUUUUCGUUCACUGCGUCAGACAUCUCUACAUUGCAAGAAAUCGUGCUGCUCAACAACGCCGUUGCGACGUUACCGAAGUUUUUCUAUGAACAGCAGUAUCCGCAAGGAGCGGUCAACCUGAAAGUUAUUUUAUUUAAGUUAAAGUCUGGUUUCUCACGAAUGCGACCAUAACGUAGGUCACUGCAAUGGAGGUUGCCAAUCUCGAUGGAGCUUCCAGUCGUGUACUUCGAAAACUUGAGAGCGAAUCUCGACAAAUCUCUUCCGGCGGAUUCUGGUUCGUUGCAGGUGGAUGAAGCGUCUAGACCCAACACUGCAGUCUAAUGUGUGAGGCUGCCAGAUAUGACAAGGAAAGGUUCGAGAUUCAAAUAUGAAGGCCCCAGUCUUAUCUACAGCCUUACCGGCUUCCAUACACAAUACUACGCACGGUCUUGAGCAUGACAUCACCCCAGGCCAUAAUACCCGUCGCAAGUUCUUGCAGUACGUCCUCGGAGAGCGAGAAGUGAGUAGCUGACACAUCCUUCCGAACGCGCUCAGCCGAGUUGUACGGAUAGAGUUCGUCCUGGUCGAUGGAGUCGAGCACGACCAUCCCGCAUUGCCCAUCUGGAUCCAUCUUCGGGAACAAAAGCGAGCUCGUUUCCAUUGUGACAUUGUCGAGAACAGUCGACAGUACCCGAGCGUUGUAUACACUACCGUCAAUUGUCUCGUAGUCGUCCCUGACCGUGAUGUGCCCCAGUCGCUCGGUGAUACUGAUCUCCAUGUUCGUGAGGUAGUACACGGCUGCAUCAUAGACUUGCUGGAGAGACUUGACGCCGGGGAAUUGCACCGUCUCGAAGCGUACCCCGCAGAAAUCUCCUUGCGCCGUCUCGAAGCGCUCGUCGGAAUACUGAGCCUUAGCUGGGUCGACGUAGUGUCUAGGAUCCAUGGCGAAGUCGUACGCGUUGCGUAGCUUUUCCUCUCGAAUAGAGACGAGUUUGGCUCGGCGUUGGUCCCAGUUUUUUGGGAGGCAAAUGCGAGUGUAGAGUGGAUGAGAUUGUUGAGCUCCCUGC